CGUCCCGCCCCCUUAAGCUGCGAUACGCCGAGCGUUCAACAUCCGAGGACUUUGGCCCAGAGUAACCCCGCUCUCGUGACCUUUCACCUCCAUUCCGCACCUCCGGCUGCUGGCCGGGCAAGAGGCUGGCGGCUGGGCUCUCGCGCCCCUCCCUGCAGGGCGCAGGCUCUCCUCCUCCCGUCUCCUCCGCGCUGUUCCUCGUCAUGGCGGCCCUCAGCAAGUCCAUCCCUCAUAACUGCUAUGAGAUUGGCCACACUUGGCACCCUUCCUGCCGGGUCUCCUUCCUGCAGAUCACCGGGGGCGCCCUGGAGGAGUCCCUGAAGAUCUAUGCUCCUCUGUACUUGAUUGCAGCAAUUCUCCGGAAACGGAAAUUAGACUAUUAUUUACACAAACUACUCCCUGAGAUCCUACAAUCUGCUUCAUUUCUAACUGCUAAUGGGGCCUUGUAUAUGGCUUUCUUUUGCAUUUUAAGGAAGAUACUUGGAAAAUUCUACUCAUGGACUCCUGGCUUUGGUGCCGCUUUGCCAGCAUCUUAUGUGGCCAUUCUCAUUGAAAGAAAAAGCAGGAGAGGGCUGCUCACAAUCUAUAUGGCCAACUUGGCCACAGAAACACUAUUCAGAAUGGGUGUAGCAAGAGGAACCAUCACAACAUUAAGAAAUGGAGAACACUACCUCAGGAAAAAAUGUCCUUUUGUUUUGCAUCACAGCUGCCAUGUACAUGUUCUUUUUCAGAGGCAGCCAGACUUUGGAAGGGGAAACAUAGAUGAAGAGUCAAGGUGCAAGGAUGGUUUGAAAGGAUUUACAUUUUCUGCACUUAGAUUCAUUGUAGGAAAGGAAGAAAUUCCCACACACUCUUUUUCACCAGAGGCAGCAUUUGCAAAAGUGGAACAAAAGAGAGAGCAACACAAGGAAAAACCCAGAAGAAUGAAUAUGAUUGGUCUAGUCAGGAAAUUUGUGGAUUCAAUAUGCAAACAUGGACCAAGGCAUAGAUGUUGCAAACAUUAUGAAGAUAAUUGCAUCUCUUAUUGCAUUAAAGGUUUCAUCAGAAUGUUUAGCGUGGGGUACUUGAUCCAGUGCUGCCUCCGAAUCCCCUCUGCAUUUAGGCAUCUAUUUACACAGCCAUCUCGGCUACUUUCUCUCUUCUACAAUAAAGAAAACUUCCAGCUUGGAGCUUUUCUUGGCUCUUUUGUUAGUAUAUACAAGGGUACUAGUUGCUUCCUGCGCUGGAUCAGAAACUUAGAUGAUGAACUACAUGCUAUUAUAGCUGGAUUUUUGGCAGGUAUAUCAAUGAUGUUUUAUAAAAGCACAACAAUUUCCAUGUAUUUAGCAUCCAAAUUGGUAGAGACAAUGUAUUUCAAAGGCAUUGAAGCAGGGAAGGUUCCCUAUUUUCCUCACGCAGAUACUAUCAUCUAUUCCAUCUCUACAGCAAUUUGCUUCCAGGCAGCUGUCAUGGAAGUUCAGACUUUGAGACCAUCUUACUGGAAGUUCCUUUUAAGACUCACCAAGGGCAAAUUUGCUGUCAUGAACCGAAAAGUCCUUGAUGUUUUUGGUACUGGUGCAUCUAAACACUUUCAGGAUUUCAUCCCCAGGUUGGAUCCAAGAUACACAACUGUAACACCAGAGUUGCCCACAGAGUUUUCUUGAAGAUGACUGUAAUUUAUUAAUGUGACUAAAUGUUUCAUCUUGAAGAGUUAAUUAUGUUGAACACAAAGGAGGGGCCCAAGCUUGAACUUCAGUGUUAUUUCAGUUAGAGAUACUCUUUUCAUUUGUGUUGUUUUUCUUAUGAAUCAGAAAUUCAGAAGCUUUUUAGGAAGAUGUUGCUUAAUAAUUAAGCUUCCUCCAUAGCCAGAAUAAGAUUCUGGAUCACCGUAGUGAUUGACAUUAUUAUAUAUUAUUGAUCAAAUUAUGUCCGUAAGCAAUAUUAUAUAAUCUAUGUAGAAGUGUAAUAGCAAACAAGAGUACACUUAAAAUUACUUUAAAAGAUGUCUUUAGUUCAUUCCAAUAUAAUUCUUGAUUAAAAUUAGGAUUAUUUCUAUGUUUGAGGAUUUACAAAGGAUCACGGGUACAUGGAUUUGGUCUGAAUUUUUUUUAAAGUUUUGAAUUGGUAUCUGUAGUAGUGGAAUGUUAUAGAUUUGAAGUAACUCUCCACGGACAGUGCUGCUUUCGUGUAGAGCAAUUUAAUUGGAGAAGUGGCCAUUCUUACUUCAGGGAUGCAAAGAUAGGGUCUCAUACCAUUUGGAUAAAUGUCGUGGUAUCCAUGCUUUUCUUUCAACUAAUAACAUCAUCUCUCUUCAUGACCAGUUAGUUGGGAUAUUUGGCAGCCUAGCAAACCUAUGUACUAAUGGCAGGUUAGGGGUAAAUGGAAAUGGACACAUCCAACAGAGUUGAAAUGUAUGUUUUAAUCUUUCACAGAAGUAUUACACUUGAAUAUUUAAAAACAAAACUUUUUUU